AUGGACGAUAUCACCACAUAUACGUUUGAAACAUCUGAGAUUCAAUGUCAAGUUAAAUAUGCUAUAAACUGGACAUCGCUAUCCAUACAAGCAAAAGCUGAAUUUAGGCCUCUGACGGUGACACUCGAUUCGUCGGGGUCUAUCACGUGGUCUCAGCAAACGUCUAGACAUGACGUCACAUAUGACAUCAUCGACAAUGGAAAAGGACUGGGCGAUGACGUCAUCAUACGUUUGAUUUUGAAAGAAACACAGUGCACCGACGGCAACACAUUCAUGUGCUAUUUAAAGUCGCCGUUAAAGGAAGAUCAAACACACAGCAUAAUGGUCGUUGUAGGAAAACCGGAUGGUAAGGUCAAGCUGACAUUGGGCCCUGCAGUGGUGGAGGACCGGGCUCUGCGCAUCACUGCAUCCUGGCAGGGCGGAUUUCCGGUGCCUUGGACCAACAUGUCCUGGAUGGCAAUUGAUAUGGAUAACAAGACAUAUGACCUAUCGGUGUACGGACAAUACACGGAUUAUGAGCUGACAAAAGAUGACCGAAAGUGCCAGACAUUCAUGCAGCACUCUAUCGUCAUAUUCCCGCGACUUCACCUUAAUGCCACCACCGUGAUUGUGAAACCUAACUUAAGCAUGAAGAAGUAUUUCGUUGAUAAGGUGAUGGAGGAUUACCUAGCAACGGUGAAGCCUGGCGUUGAAAGAAUUCUCGUUAUACCACUAAGUUAUUGCCCGUCAAAUGCCAAGGACAUGAGUAUACCUCAUCCUUACACGCCUUGUAACAAGUUUGUCCGAUGUCAUUCGGGAGACCUCGCCGUGCAGUUGUGUCCAACGGGCACAUGCUUUUACGAGCCAACGGGAGAGUGUGUGUCCAUUUACCGAUGAGACAUUGCUUAAAUGUUUCGGAGAAAACAUGAAGUGACAUCUGUUUAAUUGUCUGAAUGAAGAUUACUCCAAUUUUCUUUUUAGACAUGGUUAAAGUAAUAUGAUGCGACAAGAUGACACAUGACAUUAAAAAUUUAAGAGACCACUUAAUGUUCUUAGUAGACAUUGCUUCAAUCGUAUUAGGAGAUAUUACGCACAUGAGAGACAUGACUUCAUUUUUUGAUGAGAUAUGAUGCAAUUGUUCGAUGAGACAUGGCUUGAUUUUCUGGUGAGACAGGGUAUCAUUGAGGCUGUAUUGCUUCACAUUAUGAGGAUAACUAAAAUCAUUUACUGAGAGGACAUGUCUUCAUUUUCCGAGCAGAGUUGACUCCUUCUUUGUGCGAGAUACGACUUCGUUUCUCAAAAUAUAUUGCUUCGAUUUUCAAACACAAUAUUAGGUCGUAUCUUGUGCUAAUGUAAAUGGAUUCAAUGAUGUCAGCAUUUGAUGUGUAUGUAUCUUUCGAAAUGACGGUGAUUUAAUUAACAAUUUAUGACAUCACAGGAAGACGGCGAUCUUUAUUAAAACUGUUCAGUCAA